AUGGUUGGAGUUGCUUCGGCCGCCGGCCUAGUCGGAUUCCUCUCCGAGCCAGACCCUGAGCUUAAGGUGUUUGCCUUGAAGUCAUUAGACUCCCAGAUCGAUCUGCUAUGGACCGAAGUUGUGAACGCUGUUCCUGAGAUUGAGGCAUUAUACGAAGAUGAAACAUUCCCAGAGCGGGAGCUUGCUGCUUUGCUCGCUUCUAAGGUGUACUACCAUCUGCAGGAAUAUAAUGAGAGCAUGGUCCUCGCUCUGGGUGCAGGCAAGCUGUUCAAGCUCGACAAGGGUGGCGAGUACGAAGAGACUAUCAUCGCUAAGUGCGUUGAUACAUUCAUUUCGUUGUCUGCCGCCCAGAAGCCCAGCGUGGGCGAUCAACCCGCCAACCUAAACACUUCCUUCCCUGCGUCCGGAGACGGUGCUACCAGCACAUCCGCCAGCCUUACCUCCCCGAUUACACCAUUCUCCAAGUCUGCCUUACCAUCAAAGUCCCUUCUUUCACGACAAGAAGUUCCCGGCAUUGAUGCUGCCCACCCUGGUGGCGAAGAUACCAGUGUUCAGCAUGUGGAGGAAACCCCACUUGUGCUGAAGCGUGGUGUCCAAGGUCAGCUGCAGGGUAUUAUUGAGAGGCUGUUUGAAGAGUGCUUCCGCCAAAAGCGCUACCGCCAAGUGAUUGGAAUCGCCAUCGAGGCUAAAAGCUUGGAUGUUCUGCGUCUGGCGAUCCUGCGUGCUAGCGAAGAUGAGAAGAAACAGCAGGGUGAAUCUCGUCGGAGCGAAGAGCUCAUGGAAUACGUUCUCGAUAUCUGCAUGGGAAUUGUCCAAGAACGGGCUUUCCGUAACGAGAUUCUGAAGCUUAUUCUUGAACUCCUUAACGAAAUCCCCAACCCGGACUACUUCUCUAUCGCCAAGUGCGUGGUCUAUUUGAACGAACACUCGAUGGCUUCUGUCAUCCUCCGUCAGCUCGUGGAGAAGGGUGACCCCCGAUCUUUGGCAGUCGCUUACCAGAUCUCUUUUGAUUUAUACGAUAACAGCACCCAGGAGUUCCUGCAAAAGGUUCGACAAGAGAUUGCGGAGCUUGUGCCAGAUAACGAUUCCGAGAAGACCGAGGAAGAGCCUAAGGAAACCGAUGCCCUACUUGAGGACCAGUCCUCUUCCCGACCAACUGGCAACGAGAACCUCCCCGAGGAGUCACGCAGUGCAUUCAAGAAUAUUCUCGCAAUCUUGGAUGGCAUUAAGACGAUUCAGUUGAACCUCGAAUUCCUAUACCGAAGUAAUAAAGCCGAUAUCGCCAUUUUGAAUAAGAUCCGCGACAGCUUGGAGGCCAGGAAUUCUAUUUUCCACACUGCAGUCACACUUUCCAACGCAUUUAUGCAUGCUGGGACUACGCACGACAAGUUCUUCCGUGAUAACCUAGAAUGGCUCGGCAAGGCUGUCAACUGGUCUAAGUUCACAGCUACCGCCGCGUUGGGUGUGAUUCACCGUGGUAACUUGAGCCAAGGUCAGAAGCUGCUGCAGCCCUACCUGCCCCGCGAACACAUUGCUGGGGUUGGCGGCUCAGGCUCUGUUUACAGCCAAGGUGGCUCUCUUUACGCGUUCGGUCUUAUCUACGCCAACCACGGUGGAAUGGCUGUCGAUUUGAUCCGCGAGCACUUCAAGAAGGCCACCGAGGAGGUUGUUCAGCACGGUGGUGCUCUGGGUCUUGGUGUUGCUGGUAUGGCCACUGGCGACGAGGGUAUCUACGAAGAUCUUCGAAACGUCUUGUACACUGACUCGGCUCUCAAUGGUGAGGCUGUUGGUCUUGCUAUGGGUCUUGUCAUGCUGGGAACUGGCAACAUGAGGGCCCUGGAGGAUAUGAUCCAGUACGCCCAUGAUACUCAGCACGAGAAGAUUGUUCGUGGUUUGGCUAUGGGUAUGGCUCUGAUCAUGUAUGGUCGCCAAGAGGCUGCUGAUGAACUGAUCAACGGCCUGCUUGGUGACCCUGACCCCACCCUUCGCUACGGUGGUAUCAUGACCAUUGCGCUCGCGUAUUGUGGCAGCGGUAGCAACAAGGCCGUUCGCAAGCUUCUGCACGUGGCUGUCAGCGAUGUCAAUGAUGAUGUCCGCCGAGUUGCUGUAUUGAGUUUGGGUUUCAUCCUGUUUCGCAAGCAUCAGAGCGUCCCCCGUAUGGUCGAGUUGCUCUCAGAAUCUUACAAUCCUCACGUUCGAUAUGGUGCCGCUAUGGCUCUCGGUAUUUCUUGUGCUGGAACUGGCUUGGAUGAAGCCAUCGAUCUGCUCGAGCCAAUGCUCAAGGACUCUACUGACUUCGUUCGUCAGGGUGCCCUGAUUGCUCUUGCAAUGGUUCUUGUCCAGCAGAACGAGGCCAUGAACCCUCGUGUCGUGAGUCUCCGAAAGGCCAUGAUGAAGAUGAUUGGUGACCGCCAUGAGGAUGCUAUGGCCAAGUUUGGUUGCGCUGUUGCUCUCGGUAUCAUCGAUGCCGGUGGCCGCAACUGCACAAUCAGCUUGCAAACACAGACCGGAAACUUGAACAUGCCCGGAAUUGUUGGCGCCGCUGUCUUCGUGCAAUACUGGUACUGGUUCCCGCUCACUCAUUUCCUCUCCCUCAGUUUCGCCCCUACAUCGGUCAUCGGCGUGGAUCAGAAGCUUGAGGUCCCCAACUUCAAGUUCCACAGCAACACUCGCCCCAGCCUGUUCGACUAUCCUCCAGAGCAGCAAGUCAAGGCCGAGGAGGCCCCGGAGAAGGUUAAAACUGCUGUGCUCUCUACCACUGCCCAGGCCAAGCGCCGCGCCCAGCGUCGUGAGAAGCAAGCACGACGUGAGAGCAUGGACAUUGACCAGACCCCCACUACUCCUAAGCCAGACCAAUUGCCCGAGAAAAUGGAGGCCGAGGAUGCUAAGACCGAAGGAGAAGAGGGCAAGGAGGGUGAGAAGAGCGCCACCGAGGGUCAGAAGAAGAAGGCUGAGCGGGAAAAGGUUGGAUAUGAGUUGGACAAUAUGUCUCGAGUGCUUCCGGCCCAACUCAAAUAUCUCACCUUCCCCGAUCCCCGUUACGAGCCGGUCAAGAGGCCUACUGGUGGCGUUGUCGUCGUCCUUGACAAGCAGCCCGAUGAACCCCGUGAUAUUGUGGAGUUGAAGGCCAGCAAAGAAUCACGGCAGACCGCUCCGCCUACCGAGACUCCACAAGACCGCCUCCAGGCUGCUAUCGGCGCUGCCGCCGUCCAGACUCCUCAACGGGCUGCCGCUCGUGCAGCUCUCUCGAGUACACCGGCUAGCGGCGCCGCCGCAGCCGCAGGUGUGCUGACUGCUGUGGACGAAGAUGAGGAGGGUGUGGAAGAUGCUCCGGUGCCAGAUGAGUUUGUGUACGAGACGGAACCAGACGAGGAAGAGUAG